AUGCCCGGACAGAAGAGAAGAUAUAACGUACGCUUCCCUCCUAGGCGCAUCAAAAAAAUCAUGCAGAAGGACACUGAGGUGGGCCGGAUGGCGAUGGCAGUUCCUGUAAUCAUAUCUCGGGCCUUGGAGAUAUUCCUGAAGUCUCUGCUAACCAAAACCUUCGUGAUUACAGAGUCCAAGCUCAGCACUGUUGUGUCUGUGGCUCACAUGAAGCAAUGCAUAGAGUCUGAAAAGCUCUUCCAUUUUCUCAAAGACUUGGUAGCACAAACCACGCCUAUAACCCAGAAGGACAACAGAGGCAUGAGUAUGUGGCCUUUAUACAGGAACAAACAGCAUGAAGUUUCUGUUAAAAAACCACCUGAAGUGGAGGAAAUGGCUCCGCAAGGGAGCCUCGACUCACUUGACAACGACUCGAGUGCCAGCGAGUCGGAGCUCUACAUCUGCUUAUGACUGUGCAACCAGUGGAAGCCGCUGUGAAGUCACAGCAGUGCCUCAUUUCAUUAUGUCACUUCUCCUUACAUUUGUCUUUUGUCUCUGCUGUCCUGGAUCUUGGUCACAAAUAAGUGAGGCUAAGUAAUCACAAUACUUCAGCUGACGUCUACAUACAAGUUGUUUCGUUAGCUCAAGUCCAGCUUUUGGGUAAAUAAAGAGUUUCUUUUCUUGGGAGGAUAAGGGAUCUUUGUUUGGAGCAGAUAUAUUUUAAGAUCACUUGAAUCUUUUGUGGAAGUUUGCACUGAGUUGUAGAUUUUUUUUCCUUCUUCUUGCUGAUUAGGAAAUUGUGUUUGUAG